AUGAUUGCUAAUAUUCAUGUAGUCAAAUCAAAAAGUAAAAAACAGCAAGUAACGUCAGCAGUCACCAUGACAUUAGAAGAUCCAAAGAAAUUUAAAUUUCCUUUGGAUUGUAAAAUUUCAUUUGAUAUUUUUGAUAACUUCGAUAUGCUACCUUCAUUGCAUAUCAAUUCAAAUCGUGAAGCUGCUACAUUCACUGAGAACGACGAUGGUUCGUCACAUUAUGAUAAUAAUAAUAAUGAAAUUGAUUGUAACUAUCCCAGUCGUUUUGCUGAUAUACAACAAUUAGAUAGUGAAACUGAGACUAACAUUGACAUGGGGCAGAUGGAUAAUAUUUUGGAAUUCGAUAAUGCUGAUAUGCCACCACCAACAGCGCCAGUUGAUGAGAUUUCGAAUGUUUUUGUUGGUGCCCCACAAAAAAUCGAGAAAAUCAAUAUUUCUUUUGCGAGACAAGCAAAAGUUAUUGAUAUGAAGCAGUUAAAAGCCUUCAUUUGGUCGCUGCUGAACAACAAGCAUAAUUUAGAUCCAACACAUAAUCCAAAAUUCUCAGAAGUAAUGAUAGAAUUAUCGAAUGUUUUAAGUCCAAAUAUGGCAGAAAAAAUUAGCACUUCACAUGUUCUUUCUGCUACACUUCAUUUAUGCAAUGAUAAAGGUCUUGAACUUCAUCAGGCGGAAGACAAUUUGCAAGAUUUUGAAAUAGUAUUUGCAUCAACAAAUCUUCAGCAUUAA